GUAUCCCAGAUUAUUGGUUCAUCAACCUAGCUAAAAACCCAAUUUUUUUCUUUCCCAUAAUUAUAUACAUGAUUAACAAUUUCAUCAACUUAAUCAAAAAGUUAGUGGUUAACCCACCAGAUUCAGAACUCCCUCAAAAAGUCAGAAUCUACAUGUAAAUGGUCACACGAUACUAGUUAGUAUCUCCCUAACUUCCCCAUCAUCCCUCCUUUUUCUUGUUCAUCGAUCUUACCUACACCAAGUUUAUCACAUUCCCCCUCCUUAACCUAUUCCGAAACAAAAACAGGUUCGAACAAUUAUCUGUCAGAAAUCCGAAAUCGAGUCAGUAAGGGAUGUGGGUAUAUAUAGUUAAGGCCCAAGUACCAAAAUAACUGUCACAAACCAUGUUUCGGUUUUUCAGUUACAAGACUUGUCUCCUCUUUUUCUUUCUCUUCCUUUUUGUUUCCCCUGUCUUUCCCGCCAGAACUUUACCUGACCCUCUAACCGAAUUAACCGCCCGGUCGCAAAACGCCACGUGGCAUAAUUUUUUGAAAUUUAUCGAUGCGGGAAAAGGGAGCCAGCUUACCGGUAUGGCGGAGCUCAAAAAAUACUUCCAGCGUUUCGGGUACCUCAAAAUUCCGGACCAUAAUUUAACCGAUAUUUUCGACGAAAAAUUCGAGUCCGCCGUGCUAAAAUAUCAGAAAAAUUUAGGGCUUUUGGAGACGGGGAAGCUGGACACGAACACGGUGCAACAAAUCAUGUCGCCGAGAUGCGGAGUUACGGAUGAAAUUCAUAAGAGUAACAAGUUGCAUGUAACGCAACACUUCGCUUAUUUUUACGGGCAGCCGAGAUGGGUUAAAUCGGAUGCGAAUCAACCGUUGAUGCUGACGUAUGCGUUUUCGCCGAAAUUCACCACCGAUGACUUGACCUUGGUGGAGAUCAGACCGGUGUUUCAACGGGCUUUUUCGCGGUGGUCGUCCGUUAUACCUGUCAACUUCACCGAAGCCAAGAAAUACAACUCGGCCGAUAUUAAAAUCGGGUUUUAUCAAGGCGACCACGGAGACGGGGAGGCCUUCGACGGGGUCCUAGGAGUCCUAGCACACGCCUUCUCUCCGGAGAACGGGAGACUCCACCUGGACGGAGCGGAGACCUGGGCCGUGGAUUUCAAGGCCCAAAAGUCAAAAGUGGCCGUGGACUUAGAAUCAGUGGCGACCCAUGAGAUAGGCCACAUACUUGGGCUAGCUCACACAUCGGUUAAAGAAGCAGUGAUGUACCCAAGUUUGAGCCCAAGAACAAAGAAAGUGGACCUCAAGAUUGAUGACGUGGAAGGGGUCCAAGCUUUGUACGGGUCAAACCCGAAUUUCAAGUAUAGUUCUUUGCUAGAAUCUGAUAUUUCGGCUAGUUGGUCAAUUGGGUUAGAAAUUAGAAGUUUCAAUUGGGUCAAUUGUUUGAUUAUGGUCGUCUUGAUGUUAUACUUUAGUUUGUGAUAGUUGAUUUUUUACACUUUUUCUCU